AUGCUCGUUCGCGCGUCCAAGCCGACGGUGCACGCGACGAAACGCGUCGCCAAUGUGAAUUCUAAGAAGAAUAUCACUCGGUCCACGAUCGCCCGUAAACCGCUUCGCGAGGCGGUCAUCGUUAACCAUCAUGGGCCGAUGGUGAACUUAUUGUUCACCCCCGACGCCGCGCUCGCGGGCGGUGUCCUGAUCGGCGCCAUGACGGUGGCGAAGCGAUUGAACUCUGGGAAGAAUCUCGGCGUGAGCAGCGAGACUAAGGCGUUGAUGCGAGGAAUCUCCGCGCCGGCGACGACUUUGAGCUUCUUGCUCGGGUUAUUAGCGGCCGGGUACGCGGCGCCGAUGGUGCUCGGGGCACAGGCUGCGGUGCCGAUGGUUGAGGGAACGCGCGCAAUCGUCGCCGGAGCGCUUGUGGGCGCCGGUUCGUCGAUCGGAUGUGGUUGCACGAGCGGACACGGCGUGAGCGGGAUCGGACGAUUGAGCACGCGGUCGAUCGUGGCGACUUGCGUAUUUAUGGCGUGCGGCGCGGCGACGGUGGCGGCGUUCGGUACGGUUGGUGAGCUGCACGUGUCGGAGGCGACUCGGACGCUCAACAUGCUCGCAAGAGCGCCCGAGGCAAAGAUGAUUCUCUAUGGGAAAAUCGUCGCCGCGGGCGUUGCGAUCCAAGCCGCGCUUUACGCACUCGCCAAGCGCGAAGGCGGAGGGAUCACCGACGUGGUGAAGAAGCUUGAACUUGCGAGUGAAGGUUUCGUCGGUUUCUUCUUUGGACUCGGUCUCGUCGUCUCAGGAAUGACCAACCCGGCCAAGGUUGCCGGGUUCUUGGCGUUCACGUCCAAGGCGUUCGACCCUUCGCUCGCGUUCGUCAUGGGUGGGGCCCUCACGGUCGUCAUCGCGUCCACGUACGCCGCUAAGAAAGUGUUCGGUAUUCUCCGUCCGUCCAUGGCGCGCGAAUUCACGACGCAGGCCAAGUACAUCGACAAAGAACUCAUCAUCGGAUCUGCCAUGUUCGGCGCAGGUUGGGGCUUAGCAGGUAUCUGCCCAGGCCCUGGACUCGUGAAUCUGGUCAUGAACGCCGGUCGCGAGAUCACUCUGUGGUGCCUUGCCUUUUUCAUCGCCCAGGCGGCGCAUCAGCGCAUAGCUGCGGAGUGCAAGUUCGAGGAGUGA